AGAUAACUUUGCUUGUGCAGCGCUCGUGGACAUGUAUGCAAAAUGCAAGGUUGUAGACGAUGCUCGCCAACUGUUUGAUAAAAUGCAGAACAGGGAUCUUGUAACGUGGACGGUGAUGAUUGGUGCAUUUGCUGAGUGCAGGAAUGCUGAUGAGUCCUUGGUUUUGUUUGAUUGGAUGAUAGAAGAAGGUGUUGUGCCGGAUAAGGUUGCUAUGGUGACUAUUGUUAAUGCUUGUGCAAAAUUGGGUGCUAUGCAUAGGGCUAGACUUGUUCAUUAUUAUAUAUGCAGGAAUAAGUUUUCCUUGGAUGUGAUCUUAGGAACGGCAAUGAUUGACAUGUAUGCUAAGUGUGGGUGCAUUGAUUCCGCGAGGGAAAUUUUUGAUAGGAUGCAAGUGAAGAAUGUUAUAACAUGGAGUGCCAUGAUUGCAGCUUAUGGUUAUCAUGGACAUGGCCGAAAAGCUUUUGAUAUUUUUCAUUUGAUGUUAAAUAGUGGAGUAUCACCAAAUGUGAUCACAUUUGUUUCACUACUGUAUGCUUGUAGUCAUUCAGGCUUGAUUGAAGAGGGUCUUCGGAUUUUCUCUUUGAUGUGGGAUGAAUUUGCUGUCAGAGCAGACAUCAAACACUAUACUUGUAUGGUCGAUCUCUUGGGCCGUGCUGGGAGACUUGAUGAGGCCUUAGAAUUGGUAGAGAGUAUGGCAGUUGAGAAAGAUGAGAGACUCUGGGGCGCUUUGCUUGGGGCAUGUAGAAUCCAUGGGAAUAUAGACCUAGCAGAAAAGGCAGUGAAUUCGCUUCUUGAACUACAGCCCGAAAAUGCAGGACAUUAUGUAUUGCUUUCAAAUAUUUAUGCAAGAGCAGGUAGGUGGAAAGAUGUAGCAAAGAUGAGAGAUCUGAUGAGCCAGAGGAGACUAAAGAAAGUACCUGGUUUGACAUGGAUUGAGGUGGAUAAUAAAACUUACCAAUUUAGCACUGGAGAUAGGACUCAUCCGCGGUCAGAAAAGAUUUAUGCUAUGCUCGAGAGUUUGGGUAAGAAGUUGGAGCUGGCUGGUUAUGUUCCUGAUACAAAUUUUGUGCUACAUGAUGUUGAUGAGGAAGUGAAGCUGGGUAUGUUGUAUUCACAUAGUGAGAAGUUGGCAAUUGCAUUUGGCCUUAUUGCCACUGCUAAUGGAAUUCCUAUCAGAAUUACAAAGAAUCUGAGGGUUUGCGGUGACUGCCAUACAUUUACUAAGUUUGUAUCAGCUAUCACACAGAGGGUGAUCAUUGUCCGAGACGUAAACCGGUUUCACCACUUCAGGGAAGGGACCUGUUCAUGUGGAGAUUAUUGGUAGUUCACUUAUUUGAUGGUGAUUUUGGUUAGUUUCCAAAAGCCUAAAGAAAAAGGUAAGAUUUCCUCUCUUGCUUUAUCUUGACAUCUUUGUCAAACCCAUUAGGGUUUACAAAAGAAAGAGAUGGAAGAGGAAGUCAUUUAAUUUGGUCUUUAAAUCUGGCAUUUUUUUUA